UCAGUUUAUGGUAAAUCCGUGUCCACUCCCGCUAUACCCAAGCCGUCAAACGUUUUCUUAUUUCGCCUUGUGGUACUGGGAUGCUGUGGGGAUCCGUGAGGCUACGGGCUCCUCACCAUGCUUCUGUCACAGCAACCAAAUGAAAGUUGGUUUUAUCUCGCCUUAAUCUGUCACUGGCAGUGAGCACGUAGCAGUCCAGCCCGCAUGACAGAGGCUCCUCCGCUGAAAUUCACCCGUUGUUUUGAAAUUCUUUGACGGUUGAGAAGUAGCAGCCGCAGCAGCCAAAGGGUGCAGAUAGAGCAAGCCCCGGCCGCUUGACAGGUGCCCUCGCCCGGCUCGGCGUGGAGAGAUGCCACCCGUCCAGAGAACGAUGUCUGAUCUUCGUACCCGGGCAGAAGUUUAAGAUGGACCUGACCCUGCUGAACCUAGCACCCAUCAAGACUGAGGCAGCCAUGUCCAGCCCCCUACCAUCAUCUGAUAACACAGGAUAUGAAAAGACAGAGGAUACAUCAGAGAAGACAUCGUUGGCUGAUCAAGAAGAUGCCCGACUGAUAUACCUCAACCAGCCACAGUUCUCAAAGUUUUGCAGCAAUCGAAUCACCACAGCCAAAUAUAAUGUCCUCACCUUUCUUCCUCGAUUCCUCUACUCGCAAUUCAGGAGGGCAGCAAAUGCUUUCUUUCUCUUUAUUGCACUCUUGCAGCAAAUCCCAGAUGUGUCUCCUACUGGUCGCUGGACCACACUGGUGCCGCUGCUCUUCAUCCUUGUUGUGGCUGCUGUCAAGGAGAUAAUAGAAGAUCUGAAACGUCACAACGCUGACAGUGUUGUCAACAGAAAGGAAUGUCAAGUGCUGAGAAAUGGUGCGUGGGAGAUUGUACACUGGGAGAAGGUUGAAGUGGGCGAAAUUUUUAGAAUAAAUGGCAGUGAUUUCGUUCCUGCGGAUGCUGUCAUUUUAUCAUCCAGUGAACCACAGGGUAUGUGCUACAUUGAAACGUCUAAUUUGGAUGGAGAAACAAACCUUAAAAUCAGACAGGGUCUCCAAGUGACUGCUGACAUAAAGGAGAUUGACAACCUGAUGCGUCUCUCUGGGCGGAUGGAGUGUGAAAGCCCAAACCGCCAUCUGUAUGAGUUUGUUGGGAACAUCCGCCUGGAUGGACACAGCACAGUACCUCUGGGUCCUGACCAGAUCUUACUGAGAGGAGCCCAGUUAAGGAACACACAGUGGGUCCAUGGUGUUGUAGUCUACACAGGACAUGACACAAAGCUCAUGCAGAAUUCCACACGGCCUCCUCUGAAACUGUCCAACGUGGAGCGCAUCACCAACUUUCAGAUCCUUGUGCUGUUUGGCUGCCUGCUGGCCAUCUCUCUGGUCUGCUCCAUUGGCCAAACCAUCUGGAAGUACCAGUACGGCAAUGACGCCUGGUACAUGGAUCUCAACUCUCCAGAUGGUGGGGCUGCUAACUUUGGCCUCAACUUCCUGACCUUUAUUAUCCUGUUCAACAACCUGAUACCCAUCAGUCUUCUGGUUACACUGGAAGUGAUUAAAUUCAUCCAAGCCUUUUUCAUCAACUGGGACACCGAUAUGCUGUACGAGCCCUCAAACACACCGGCUAUGGCCCGCACCUCCAAUCUGAAUGAAGAACUAGGCCAGGUUAAAUACAUUUUCUCUGACAAGACGGGAACGCUGACCUGCAACGUGAUGCAGUUUAAGAAGUGCACCAUUGCCGGUGUGGCCUAUGGUCACAUCCCUGAGGCUGAGGAGGGUAGUUUUGCAGAGGAUGACUGGCACAGCACACAGUCAUCGGAAGAGGCUGGAUUUAAUGACCCAAGCUUACUGGAAAACCUCCAGAGUAAUCACCCUACAGCUGCUGUUAUCCUGGAGUUCAUGACCAUGAUGGCCAUCUGUCACACUGCAGUCCCUGAGCGUACGGAUGGGAAAAUCACCUACCAAGCUGCAUCUCCAGAUGAAGGAGCUCUGGUGAGAGCAGCCCGAAACCUCGGCUUUGUGUUUUCUGGCAGAACUCCAGACAGUGUCAUCGUGGAAAUGCUUGGAAAAGAGGAACGGUAUGAACUGCUUCACGUGCUGGAGUUUACAAGCACGAGAAAGAGGAUGUCUGUCAUCAUGCGCACCCCAUCUGGGAAGAUCCGCCUUUACUGCAAAGGAGCUGACACAGUGAUCUAUGACCGUCUGGCAGACAGCUCCAGGUACAAAGAGAUCACAUUGAAGCACCUGGAGCAGUUUGCUACUGAGGGGCUGCGCACUCUGUGCUUUGCAGUGGCAGACAUCAGCGAGUCGUCCUAUCAGCACUGGCAGGAGAUCCAUCACAGAGCCUGCACCUCCCUGCAGAACAGAGCCUUGAAACUGGAGGAGAGCUACGAACUGAUAGAGAAGAACCUGCAGCUUCUGGGAGCCACAGCAAUAGAGGACAAGCUCCAGGAUAAGGUACCUGAGACCAUCGAGACUCUAAUGAAGGCUGACAUUAAGAUCUGGAUCCUGACUGGGGACAAACAGGAAACAGCCAUCAAUAUCGGACAUUCCUGCAAACUACUGACAAAGAACAUGGGGAUGCUUGUGAUAAAUGAAGACAGUCUGGACGCAACAAGGGAAACACUCAGCCACCACUGUGGGAUGCUGGGAGAUGCCCUCUACAAGGAAAACGACUUUGCUCUCAUUAUUGAUGGAAAGACUCUCAAAUAUGCUCUUACAUUCGGAGUGCGCCAGUACUUUCUGGACCUCUCCCUGUCCUGUAAAGCUGUCAUAUGCUGCAGAGUGUCUCCUCUUCAGAAGUCAGAGGUGGUUGAGAUGGUGAAGAAACAGGUGAAAGUGAUCACUCUGGCCAUCGGUGAUGGGGCAAACGAUGUCGGAAUGAUCCAGACAGCUCAUGUAGGUGUGGGAAUCUCAGGCAACGAGGGUCUGCAGGCAGCAAACUCCUCUGACUACUCUAUUGCCCAGUUCAAAUACUUGAAGAAUCUGCUGCUUGUCCACGGAGCCUGGAAUUACAACCGUGUAGCCAAGUGCAUUCUAUACUGUUUCUACAAGAACAUUGUUCUCUACAUUAUCGAGAUCUGGUUUGCGUUCGUUAAUGGAUUCUCUGGUCAGAUUCUGUUUGAACGCUGGUGCAUCGGCUUGUACAAUGUCAUCUUCACCGCUCUGCCUCCUCUCACUCUGGGAAUAUUUGAGCGCUCCUGUAGGAAAGAGAAUAUGUUGAAAUACCCAGAACUCUACAAAACCUCUCAGAAUGCAAUGGGUUUUAAUACCAAGGUCUUCUGGGCCCAUUGUCUGAACGGCCUCUUCCACUCUGUCAUCCUCUUCUGGUUCCCCCUGAAAGCCUUCCAGCAUGAUACAGUGUUUGGUAAUGGAAGAACUCCAGACUAUCUCCUGUUAGGCAACAUGGUCUACACUUUUGUGGUCAUCACAGUCUGUCUUAAAGCUGGACUCGAGACCUCAUCCUGGACGAUGUUCAGUCACAUCGCCAUCUGGGGAAGCAUUGGCCUAUGGGUGGUGUUUUUCAUUAUCUACUCCUCCUUGUGGCCCCUCAUCCCUCUGGCACCCGACAUGUCAGGCGAGGCGGACAUGAUGUUCAAUUCGGGGGUCUUCUGGAUGGGCCUGUUCUUCAUCCCGGUCACCUCGCUGAUCUUUGAUGUGGCUUACAAAGUCAUUAAGAAGGCAUGUUUCAAGACCCUGGUAGAUGAGGUGCAGGAGCUGGAGGCGUUAUCUAAAGACCCCGGAGCAGUGGUGCAUGGAAAGAGUUUAACGGAGAGGGCCCAGCUCCUGAAGAACGUCUUCAAGAAGAGCACCGUCAGUCUCUACCGGUCGGAGUCCAUGCAGCAGAACCUGCUCCACGGCUACGCCUUCUCCCAAGAUGAGAACGGAGUGGUGUCUCAGUCGGAGGUCAUCAGAGCGUACGACACCACCAAACAGAGGACCAAUGAGUGGUGAGCCGCCGGUCAGUUCGAAGCUGCAGCUGCCGUUUCCGAUGGCGAUAUUUGAAGAUUAACAUGGAGAAACACCAGUUCAACGGCAUACCUUCAGCACUGAAGGGUGUUGAAGAGAGCGAUAUAGUGUUGUCCUUAAAAACAUGGGAGGAGUGGGGUUAAAGAAAGAAACAAAAAGUGAUCGUUAUUAUCAGUUGUAGUUGUGUGUCCAGCAGACAUGACGAGCACUGUGCGUUCUUAGCAGUCUGUGAUCUGAAGUUCUUCACUGUUCUCGCUCAGUUUGCCAGAGCGAACGUCUCCUUUCUAUUGAUUUAAGGAACGACAGCUUUUAGCACUGAACCACAAAGCCUGAAAUCGUUGUAGUAAAUCUCCUAAACACUGUUACCACAAAAGUUACUGACACUGGACAAUAAAUAGUUUAGAGGAACUGAACUUGUGAAAGAUUGCCAAAAAGCAGUCGUUUAUACAAUCGUCCAAGAACUAGUGAAUUCGGAAAAACUUUAAACCAAAUACAUUUAAAUGUAUUCCAGCACUGAGCAGACCACUCCAGAGCAAAUGUUUGUAAUAUUUUAAAUUUCUUUUUGCACUUACAUCUCAUGUGUAAAGCCUUACAUUUGCUCAUGCCUUUGUCCAUCUUUCAAAACGUGUUUAUUUAAUUUUCUUAAGUAUGUAGAUAUCGUGCCUGGUGUUCUUUGUUUUUAGCUUUUCUUUUCGCUUUUAAAGAGGUUGCAUCUUACAGCCCACAGUAGUCCUGUUUGCACCUUUCGUUUUUAACAAGUUAUUGCUUGCAUUCCACACUUCACUCCAGUUUCAACAAUCACAGCGGUGCCUAUGUGAAACUUUUCCCUCUUAAAAGAAAAAAAAAAAACAAUAGCCAAGACUAGCUUAGUGCUCCACACAAACUUACUCACACAUCUGGAGACAACAGCCACUGUCUCCCACCACAGUGUUGCACUCCUACAGUGUUAAAACUUCAGAUUUGUUUCUGCAGCAGUUAAAAGCGAGGCUCUCUCGUUGAAACUAGCAGCAGUGAUAGUGUUUCCCUUAAAAUGGAGAAUUUAUCCCUCUAACAUAAGUGCCAUUAGCUUAAGGGAAAGAGAAAUAUUAGCCAGGAAACUCCACAACAGUAUCAAAACUACUUUGUCUCUAUAGUUAUUAUUUUGUGGAUUUGUAUUUUUAUAUUGGAGAUGUAUGACUUUUGCAUCGACUGGCUUUGUAAUGAAUUGUCUGUAACUUUCUUUUCUUCCUCUGAUAAACUGGCAGGAUAGAAUAGAUCUGAUGAGGAAAAAGAGCUUUCUUAUAUGUCUUGUUAUUAAUAUUAAUAUUGUUACAGCUUGAUUUAUUUAUAAUUGACUACUUACUGUCUGUGUGAUUGCUUUCUUCUCCCUAUGGGAGGUCAGAUUUCUGAUUGUGUGUGUGUGUGUAUCAAUUCAUAGUCUGCAUGUGCAUGUGCUGUAUGUGUGUGAAUGUGUGAGUGUGUGACCUCUACUGUGGAUAAUGUCUCUGUAUGCAUUGCAUGUCUGUGUCCUCUAUGCGAAACUGGGAGUCGUCCUGGUGUGUUUUACUGCGUGUAUGAGCGUGUGUGUGUGUGUGUGUGUUUGGUGACGCUUGCUCCAGUUUUCUGUCUGCACGGCUCCAGGUAUAGCUAUGGUGUACUGCUGUGUGCUGAUGCAUGGUCUGUAUGGGAAAUUGAGACUGUCAGUGUGCGGUAUGAACGCGUGUGUUUGUGUUCAGACUCUCGGCCUCGACUGUGGGAGUUUCUGACGCCUGGCCCGCUUUGACAGUUGCACAAUGCACUCGAUGUACCUUUCCAGUCGUGGAUAUCUGGUAUCUAGUUUCUGUAUAUGAUUUUAAAAGAGUGUACAUGUUUGUUACUUGUUUUCUUCAUGCAGUGUACUGCUUUACAGGAAAUCUCUUCUGUCUUUUAGGUUUCUGAUUCUGAUCCUUUUUUUUUCUGCUUGUCUUUAGCGUGAUAACUUAACUGGUUGUCAUCUAUGUCAGCAAUUUCCAAAACAGCUGAAUGUGGAUGUUGUCAUUGUGGAAGGCUUGGACUGUUGCUUCCUUUUUCCCAGAAAACAUAAAACGUUGUUGUCUGUGAAGGUGGUGGGCUGCAUGAAUGAAAAACACAAACUGUUCUCUGAAGUGUUAACUGUACUACUUUGAUUUUCCUUCAAGUGUUGAUCACUUUAUAAAAGAGGUUUUAAAAAAUGCACCUUCAACUUUCUUUUUAAUAUCUUGUUUCUUUUUUUGUUAUUUUGUUCAAUGAUUGUUCUGCAUGUUGGGACUGCAAACUUAUAAGUGUUGUCUUUUACUGCCAUGAAGGACUACUGAAAUAAACUUUACAA